AUGUAGAUACAUCAGGGCAACAGUACUGUAGGGGAGUUCACAUAAUUUGCAAUAGUGACAAAAUGGCAGGUCAGAUUGUUGACAUUGGACAUCCCCCCUCCCUAGGGUGGCAGUCCAUUUGUAUGCCGAUUCCCCUAGACUACGAGCUCAACAACUUCCUACAAAAACUGGCAGAUGAAGUCACAGAGGAGGAUCUCCGCAAGCUUAAAGCUCUACUUCAUGGUGAUGGGGGACUACACAGGCGGACCUCGGCCAGCAUUGAAUCCGCUGUGGAUUACUUUACAGUAUUAAAGGAGAGACUGUAUCUAAACAGGGAGAACUUAAUCUUCUUACAAGCUUGUCUGUGGAAUAUAGGUCGCCGUGACCUACAUCGGAAAUGUGUGGAAUUUGCCAAGUCUUCAGAAAAAAUUCUUCAUUUCUAUUGUCCAAAGGAAACACCAGAAAAUGGAUAUCAGUUCAUCAAGUUCCAUGUGGCUGGGGGUCUGGACACGUUUCAGCGACCACAGCUGGAGCAUGUUCGUCGGACCGUGGCACAGUUGAUUGGGUGUUUAGCUGAGCAUGUAUUUGUGGCGGGGAUCGAACCCUCUAACAGCUUGGUGGUGACCCUUAUGGUGCCGACUUCCUAUGUCGAUCUGCUGCCCUGCGCUGAUAAACACGAGCUGGUCUUACUAAGAGCUGUAGACGUGGACAAAAUCAUCAUCAAAGACACCGUGGAGAUUGAGAUCCCUUGCUAUGGAGGUUACCAUGCAAGUGAAAUUCGUAACAUACUCAGGAGAAUGAAAGACCUGGAGAGACAGCUGGAUAUAUCAAAUCAGAAAUUACUGGAGGCUGAGAAAGAGAAUAGAAAGCUAUUCCAAAGUUCCUUGACAAGGAUAUCUCCAAACUCUCCCAUGGUUCCUGGGACACAAGAUUUUUCUUUGACCACUUCUACUCCACUGAAGAGAACAGGAACCCAGAUAGUCCAGGCAGCAUUUGAUUUAGGAUCUGACACAGAAGAGCCAAUUAAAGAGGAGACAACUGCAUUGUAUCAUUCUCAAAUGAGCAUUGAGAGAGGAAGUGAUGUGGAACCAGAGGGCUACACACGCUCAAUAAAGGUGAGCAAUCUGCCCCUCGACGCAGUGGAUGCAGAACUGAGGGAAUACUUUGAGAGGAGGAGGGAACAUGGAGGGGGACCAGUAAAGGACGUGACCUUGACCAGCCGGUCAGGGGAGGCAAUCGUCAGCUUCCAGGACCCGGGAACCGUAACAAGACUAUUGCAAAGUGAACCACUGCUUUUCAAAACAAACUACAUCAAAGUAGAGCCCUAUGUCCCAAUGGAUGACAGCAGACUUAGUCUGAGUGGACUCGCUGAUCCUGAACUGACUAGUGAAGCGGAACAGAACCUAACAGUGACCCUAGAGGUCAGUGGGUUCAAACCAGAAACAAGGGAGGAAACUCUGGAGGAUUACUUUGUGAAUGAGAAGAGUGGUGGGAGUUCCGAUUGUGUCAGUCUGCCUGUCAGUAUGGCGGCAGACAAAAGUGUGGCAUAUGUCAAGUUAAAAGACAGGAAUGUGGCCAAGAAUAUUCUGAAGAAGAGGGACCACGUUUUGGAUGGGGUCAAGUUGGAGGUCAAGCAGUUUGACCAGAAGAAUGUAGAACCCAAAUUUUACAAAAAUAAAGUCUUUGUUACAGGAAUUGAUCCCAAGACAACACAAGAUGGUCUGGAGAACUACCUGUCUAACCGUGCCAGUACCAAAGUGGGUGAUAUUGUGAGGGGGGAAGAUGACUCCAGGGCUGUAGUUACAUUCACUUCAGAUAUAGAUAUCAAGAAACUCCAAGAGAUGUGCAGAACUAAAACUCUGGAUGGAAAACAUCUGACAGUGGAGAAUGUCAAGGUCAAUGGUAGUGUCCUAGUUAGAAACGUCCUUGACACAACGACAGAAGAUUGUCUAGGCAUGCACUUCCAGUAUCGUGUAAAUGGAGGCAAAAUUAGCAAAAUCCAAAAACAGGGGGAGGACUCUUUUCUUGUGUGGUUCUCUAAUCCUACAGUUGCUGGCGAUGUUUGUAGUCGUUACCAUAGUGUUGAUGGGCAGGAACUGGAGGUUUCAUUGUACUAUGAAUGCAUGGGAGUUUCUCGCAACUCACAACUGCAAAUGUCCUUUAAUCCUCCCCCAGACUUCAUCUUUGAUCCCAAGGAUGCUGAGAAAUUAUCCUAUCUUGCUUCUUCCCCUCAGGCACAAAAUAGAUUAAAAUCACAGCUAGAACCACUGUAUGCUACAGCAGAUAUUCGAACUGAGGGUAAAUAUAAAUAUAUUUCCCUACAUUGCACUCUUACUGGCAAUGUUCAAGAAUGCAGACAAAAGGCCAGGAAAUGGAAUAAAAAAGUCAACAAAAAGAUGGAAGAAUUUUUCCAUGGCAUUGUGGUAGAAACUUUAAACCCUUUAAAGGAAGUUUGGACAGAGGUAGAAGAGAAAAAGGGAGAAUUUGAAAAAGAGGCUGAGGGAUCUGUCAUUAUUUUCCCGAAAUUUGAUUCUUUGGAGGUCAAGGUUAUAGGAUGGAGAGAAAGUGUCCCCUUGGUUAUGGAAAAACUCAGAGGUUUUAUCAAGAGCGCCAAUGAAAAACUGGAGAAAAUAAAAAAUGAAAUAACAGAAGUAUUCUCUAUGUCAAAACCUUUGAGCGUAAAGGUCUUGAAAGAGGUGGACUUCAUUGAGAAAUGUCGGACAGAGUUCCCACGUUGUCAGAUAAAUGUUAAUGAAGACAAAUUGGAAGUUCAGUUUGUAGGCUUUCCAACGGAUGUGUACAGAGCCAAAUGUGAAAUGUUGGAGCUUCUACACAAAAGAAGUAGGGUUCCAGUCGGGCCGUUCUCUAGACACAGGCUGGAAUUUUUAGAAUCCCCCAAGAUUUGUGGCUAUUUAGCCGAGAAAAUGAAUGAAAGAGGUUUGAAGGGAUUUUAUGAGGUUAGAAAAGAUCGAUACAUUGAAGUUAAUGCUGAAACGGAUGAAAAAGCUGUGAACAUGGCCCAAUUCAUUAAAAGCUUCAUCAUUGAGACACCACGCAAAGUGACGAGUUUUGACAAACCUCUUCUUGGCUCCAAACAGUUUAAAUCUGAAGUAGAAAAGAUACAGAAGGACUACGAUAAUUUAGUCAAGGUCAUUCCAGAUGUGGAAAACCUGGUUAUUAGAACCUUAGUUGUGUCAGAAGUGGAGAAAAUUGUGCUGGAGUUGAUAGAUAAAUUUCUCAAUGAGAAUAUCAUGGUUGGAGAAGCCUUGAGAGUUCCUGCAGCCAUGUCAAGGUAUAUCAACACGUUCUGCUCGGAUGAAGUACAAACCAUAGAGUCAAAAUUCAAAGAGAAAUAUCACGUGCAGAUUAACUGUGUUCCUUCAGCUGUCUGUGUCACAGCAGUUGAGGCUGGGCUAUCUGAGGUAGAGAGAGAGGUCAUGAACAUGAUUCAGAAAAUCGUGAGAGUAACGGAAACUAUGAAGCGCCCCAGCAUGGUGAAGUAUCUAAUGUCAGACAGUGCCAGAUGUAAGGCAGAUUACAUAGAGCAUGAAUUCGAGUGUGUCAUCACAGCGGACCUUGAGGAGAGCUUUAACGUGCCAGUCCAGAAACAAAAAUCACAAGAAAAUGACAUGUAUCAGAUGGCAUCUUGUGAGUUGAAUUAUGGAAGAAGGGUAAUAGUCAUCAAACAUGAUCUAACUGACAUGGAGGUGGAUGUUAUAGUGAAUGCUGCCGACAACCGCCUGAAGCUAGAGGGAGGGCUGGCCCUGGUCAUAGGGCAAAAAGGUGGAGAUAAGAUGCGUAAAUUUUGUCAGGAUUUUAUUCUGGAGUCGGGACCCCUGAGUUACGGGGAGAUUUUCUGUUGUCCCGGGACAGGGUCAUUAAAGUGUAAGGCAGUUAUCCACGCCGUGGGUCCCGUCUGGCAGGACGGAGGCCACCAGGAGGCGGAGCUUCUCCGCGAGGUUAUAUUUAGCUGCCUGGAGGAGUGUGACAAACCACACAACCAGUUUCAUUCAAUAGCCAUUCCAGCCAUCAGUACCGGGGUGUUUAACUAUCCUCGAGAGAAGGCCACACAGGUGAUUGUGGAAACCAUUAGGGACUACUUCCUGGAGAAUCAGGACUCGGUCAUCCAGGAAGUUCACCUCUGUGACAUCAAGACUCUUGUUGUCGAGGCAUUCACUGCCGCGCUGAAAAAUAACUUCAAGAAUGUUGUAGAAGGUGACAGUCAGGGGCGUGCAUGGAAGAGACUCAAAAAACCUGCAGACAAAGCAUCUUUCGAGAUGGAGUAUACACUUGGGAAUUCCCUGAACAAACGAGAUCCGACAGAGAGCUCGGUGGAGCUGACAUUGUACGGACACAAUGAGGACCAGCUCAGGUCAGCCUUCCAGAAUUUUCUGGACAAAGCUGAUCAGGAGGAUUAUAUACGAAAGGACAGCAAUGACCCGCUGCUGAAAGACCUGAAAGAAAAGCAGAAAACAAAAUUGAAUAAUAAAGCAAAGGAACUUGGGGUUCAUAUUGACUUUGGAAAACUUAGGGUGGGUCGCAUCAAAUUACAUGGACUCAAAGCAGACGUGUAUGAAAUGGAGGAAGUCAUUCAGAAGUUGCUACGGAAACACAGCACGCAGCAGAAGGAGGAGCGAGAGCGCGAGUACUUCCUGUCCAUGGUGAAGUGGAGGAGGAUCUGCAGUGACGGAACAGAAGUAGAAUGCCCGCCACAACUCAACAUGAAGCUGGAAGAGAACUACAGGGGACAGGAGAGGAGAAUUAAGUUUUCAAUUGCAGAUGAACAGUAUACUGCUGAUUUUUCCAAGAUGACGCUUUGUGAUUGCUAUGGAACUUGUCAACUUGAUCGCAUUUCCAAAACAGAAGGAAAAACCAGCACAGCUCUACCCUCCAAUUGGUCCCAAAUGAGUGAGGACGAUAAUCUGAUUACGAUACAGCUGGGUAAAAACAAACCAGAAUACACCAGGAUUGUGAGUAAACUCAAGACUGAGUCACAGGACAAGUUCAGCAUCAACUGGUCCAGUGUAGUGGUUGAGAGAGUACAAAACCAAACCCUGUACAGGCAGUAUGUAGCCAGAAAAGAAUCCAUGGAGAAUCAGCCCCAGACUAGUUCGGCCCCAGUAGAGAGAGAACUAUGGCACACAGUGGAUAUAGAUGGCACAUUUAUUAUCAAUGCUGAAGGAUUUAACAGGAACAUCUGUAACAGAAAAUCUACGAGCCUUGGACAGGGUGUGUAUUUUGAUGUGUCCUUGGCCCACAGUCUAGAGCAGACAGACGCACAGACCGAAGGAAAACAGAGGGUGGUGUACCUCUGUCAAGUUCUGACAGGGAGCUUCACAAAAGGGUCCCCCAAUCUUAUCGUCCCUCCAGAGAACAAGAGUGGUGGAUCCACACUUACGUGCUAUGAUUCGGUGGUGGACGACAUAGAAUCCCCCCGGACGUUUGUGAUUUUUAGGGAUUCGCAAGCUUAUCCUGAAUAUAUGAUCAAAUUUUCAGUUAUUUAAUAAUACAUGUAAUGAAAAUUGAAUAAGAAAUUUAUACUUGACCUUCAACAGUUUUUUUUUUUUUUCUGUUGCAUAAAAUUUGAUGAACAUAAAUUAAUAUGAUUAUUUACAGCAUAAGCAUUUUUAUUUUAUUGUGAUGCUAAAUGGCAUAGUUGUUAAAAUAUGUGAUACUAGAAUUUUUUUAUAACAGACUUGUUGUUUUAUUUAGUUUUAAAAUCAAGUUUUAUUUACAUGUAACUGUGGACUUUAGAAAGCUUUCUGUAAUGUCCUUCUGUCUGAUUUGGUUAAUUUGACCAGUUUACAGCUCAUUUUGUCAGAUUUAUAUUGGGUAAUCUUUUACUUUUUGUCAAAUUACAUUGUCUUAUGAAGAUUCAUUUUCAUAGGAACUUUUAAAUUAUGAAUUUAGAAUUCAUUGAAGCUAAAUAUUAGGCAAUAUCUGACAUAACCAAACAUUUUUAUGCGCCGGGAUCGAAAGAUCCGAGGCGUAUAUUGUUUUUGUCCUGUCUGUCUGUCUGUUUGUCUGUUUAUCUGUUUGUCUGUUUGUCUGCAAACUUUAACCUUUGGUAUAGCUUUUGAACCCUGAAUG